UUUUGAUUUUUGCCUUAACUUCCCCUUUAACAGCGUACAUGUAUUCAUGUGGAAUUAUCUUGGAGACAAAACAAAGGAUGGAAAUAAAGGAGCAGCAGUGGUGAGGCUUCCUGUAGCUUCAUUUAUAGGAUGGCAUGUCUAAGUUGGCGGAGGGCAGAGAAAAGUAGACGGACGGUUAUCCCACAAUGUUAUAAGUAAGAUUAGGUGUGCCGUCAUUAGUGACUCAUCACGAAACACAAGGAAGUCCAAUGUAAAGCAACCGUAACCUUUUCUCGUGACAAUCAUAGCCUUGAUUGAAUAUUACUGUCUCGCGUUGCUUGUUUGUUAUCCUAUACAAGUAAGUUCAUAUCUGCUUGUCUGUCACCUGCACACUUGUCCACGACUAUAUCGUUGUGGAAGUACGGCUGUGCAGUCUAGCAGUGCACGAUGGGCGUCAUUAUCAAGAAAGCUUGCCUUUAAGCUGCAUGCUAGGGCCACAUCACUCUCCUUUUCGAAUCUUGCUAGAGACCUGUUGUUGACUUUCUCAUGGUCCUUGUCCAUUCCCAGUACAUGUACAGGGGUACUCCUUGACCAGUAUCGUCCCAGUACAGUUUGACUCGCCACUACCCAAUCAAACGUAUAACAAGAACACAACAAAGGCAGUGUCACCGCGAUCAGCAGGAGCAGCAGCAUCGUCGUCGUCGCUAGACCGCUAUGCUGCUUCGCAGAACGGCAGUGCCGACGGUGAACACGAUGUUAUCGGUUCUGGUGAUGAUGUCAUCACUGCUGCUGGCGGCGACGGUGGUCACAUGGCUGGCGAUGGCUUCGGCGUCGGAGCUGCUGAUGGCCAGGCAUCGGCUGCUGAGGCAUGGUCGAGUACGACCGAUAGCUUCAUGUUGUUCAUCGUUGAUGCUGCCAGAGAGGAUCUAACUGCGGAGGUGUCUACAACAUCCCGUGACCACCAGCAGCAGCAGCAGCGGCGGCAAGAGGCUUCUGCAGAGCACGUGGCAGUUGUAGCCGUACAACCAGCGACAGGUGAUCUUGUCUACUCAGUGUUUGCAGACGAUACGUCGCGCACUCAGCUGCUCACACACCUUGCUCACAUCGUCCCCUGCGAGCUCAUCAUUCCUGCAGACCUCGGUGCAAGGAGUAGAGCUGCCAUUGCAUCUUAUUGCAGCAACAGGAAGUCUCAGGGUGAUCUUAUUCGUCUGGAGGAGGUGCCGACGGGGUGGAACGAUUACGGCACCUCGCAUGGCUGCCUUGCGGACUUCUAUCAGCUGUCGGUCAUCUCGUCGUCGGUAGAUCAGCUUAGCGAUGGAGAGAGUAGUAGCGAGGAGGACAACGAUGACGGAGUUGUUACUGGUGAGGCCACCACCAGUGGAGUGGGGCUGCACCAGCAUUCGCAGCAUCGGCACGGCCAUCCCUCAGCUCGUCAGCAUGGUGGAACUUUGUUCAGUUCAGUAAUACGAGGCAACAUAUGACGUUGACAGAGCAGUCUCUACGCAGCUUGGAGAUCUUUGCCUAUGG